AUGACGUCAUCUGGAGAUGGGUCCGACGGAGGGCUGGGACUCGGGCCCUGCCCGCGGCAGGUGGUAACGCCGGUCCACACGGUCCGCAUAAUCACCCGCAUGCCACUGCUGGGCCGAAGGUGGUGCGUCGGGCAGAUCACCAUCAUCAUCACACAAGUGGUGCAGCGGAGGCGACAGCCGGAGCCGGAUCCGAGCUUCGGUCCCUGCCAACCGAAUCAGAUGUCUUCGGAUCCGACCGAGCGCCCGUCUUCGGAGCGAGGUCGGUGCGCGUCGACUCAGCAGGCUUCGGAACCGAUGGAGUCGGAGCCGAUGGCGGAUCCGAUGACAGCAAAGACAUACGGAAGCAUUUUCACUAUAUGGGCAGGGUGUCAGCCUCUGGUAAUACUGUCUGGAUUCGAAGCAGUGAAAGAAGGGCUAGUAAAGCACUCGGAAAUGUUAUCUGGCCGACUAGUGACCCCAUUCUAUAAGGCUGUCACAAAAGAAAAAGGUAUUAUAUUCUCAAAUGGUCACACCUGGAAGCAGCAAAGGAAAUUUGUGAUUGUUACCCUCCGGAAGCUGGGGCUGGGGAAGAAAGGCGUGGAGAACCAAAUACAAGAGGAGGCCAAACAGCUUGUUGAGACUUUUGCUCGUGCAAAUGGGCAGCCAAUUGACCCUUCAUUACCCAUCACGAAUUCAGUCAGCAAUGUGAUAUGUGCUCUGGUUUUUGGACACCGGUAUUCUGUUGAUGAUGAAGACUUCCUCAAACUGAUGAAAGCCAUUGAAACGGGCGUAACAUUUGGAGGUAGCUUCUUUCAUCUUUUGUAUGAAGGGAUCCCAUGGCUCAUGAAACAUAUCUCAUGGCCAUACAAGAAGGCAUUUGGCGCCGUAGAUGUUGUGCUUUCAUAUGCAAGGAAAGAGACAGAAAAGCACAGAAGGCAACUGGCAGAGCAUGAUCCACGCGAUUUCAUCGAUUACUAUCUACUUCAGAUGGAGAAAAGCAAGAAUGACCCCACUUCAACAUACGACGAUGAAAACCUGGCUCAGUGUAUUUCUGACCUCUUUAUUGCUGGGUCAGAUACAUCUAGUUACACUCUGCUAUGGGCACUGCUUCUCGUGAUGACUCAUCCAGAUAUCCAAGAGAAAAUCCAGAAGGAGAUAGAAGAUGCUUUUGGUUCCUCACAAUUAAUCGGCUAUCAAGGUCGGAAGAACGUGCCCUACACAUUUGCUGCAAUUCAUGAGAUCCAGCGUUUCAAAUGUAUUUUAUCAGCUGGGAACCCUAGAGUAUCUGUGCAGGAUGGAAAUGUUCUUGGUUCUUUCAUUCCUAAGGGCACCACGGUCGUUCCAGAUAUACCAUCAGUUUGUUAUGAUCCCAAGCUAUGGGAGACCCCUCAAAAGUUCAACCCAAAUCAUUUUUUGGACAAGAAUGGACAUUUUGUGGAUAGAGAAGAAUUUUUGCUCUUUAGUGCAGGAGCCCGUGUGUGUCCAGGGAAAGAGUUGGCAAAGAUGGAGCUCUUUAUAUUCCUCACCAAUCUGUUGAGAGCAUUCACUUUCAAGCUGCCAGAAGGAGUGACAGAAGUCAAUACAGAACCUGUGCUUGGGUUGACAAUGCCUCCCCAUCACUAUAAACUCUGUGCUAUUCCCCGUCUCAGCAAUUCAUGA